UCUCUUGAAUAAGAAUUGCCAAACCCUAAUUUUACCCCCUCUUGGCUCUCUGUGCUUGCUUGCGCGACGCGAAGAUCCAAUCUAUCUAUCGAACGAUCUCGCCGGCAAAAUGUCUCUGGUUGCAAACGAAGAUUUCCAACACAUUUUGCGUGUUCUGAACACCAAUGUGGACGGAAAGCAGAAGAUUAUGUUCGCCCUUACCUCAAUCAAAGGUAUUGGGAGGCGAUUCGCUAACAUCGUCUGCAAGAAGGCCGACGUAGACAUGAACAAGAGGGCUGGUGAACUGUCCGCAGCAGAGCUUGAGAAUCUCAUGGUGAUUGUUGCGAACCCCCGUCAAUUCAAAAUCCCAGACUGGUUUUUGAACAGAAAGAAGGAUUACAAGGAUGGGAGGUAUUCUCAGGUGGUGUCAAAUGCAUUGGACAUGAAGUUGAGAGAUGAUUUGGAGCGUUUGAAGAAGAUCAGGAACCAUCGUGGUCUUAGGCACUACUGGGGUCUUCGUGUCCGUGGCCAACAUACCAAGACUACAGGCCGCAGGGGGAAGACUGUUGGUGUUUCCAAGAAGCGUUGAGAUUUUUGUUCUAAUCUUUAUUUUGAAUGUCAUACUAUCUAGGUGAUCGGGUGAGGGUUCUGUGUCAUGAGUUUUCAAACUGUGAUCAUUUCUUGAAAUUUUGAGAUGCUAUUUGCUUGUGGUGUAGUGAUUGACCAUGGAAAUACACUAGAAUUAGUGAUAGGUAACUGUGGAUUCAUUACUUUAGUACCGUAGGUUAUCUUUAUUUCUAAGUUUAUAUUAUACAUGAAAUCUUCCGUUCAACAUACUUUCAUAUUUAUUA